GCUUCUCGCUUCCCUGACACACACCACCUCACCGCCGCUGCAAAACACAGCACAGGCCGGGCUACUGACUGUACCUGAAUAAAAGCACGGAAGACCUUCAAGAUGUCUGACAUGGAGGACGAUUUCAUGUGCGAUGAUGAAGAAGAUUACGACCUGGAAUACUCAGAGGACAGUAAUUCAGAGCCAAAUGUGGACCUGGAGAACCAACCCAACAGGCAACAUCCUAUGUAUAAUGGAGGGGAGCUGCGCUGGCAGCAGCCUAACCCCAGCCCUGGUGGUUCCUACCUGGCCUACCCCAUCCUGUCUUCGCCCCAGCCUCCUGUCUCCAAUGACUACACUUACUACCAGAUCAUGCCUGCUCCGUGCCCGCCUGUGAUGGGCUUCUACCAGCCCUUCCCGGGCACUUAUGCUAGUCCUGUACAAGCUGGAGUGGUCAACCCGCUCUCGGCAGAUGUCAGUGAAAGACCUCUGCCUCUGGGGCCAGCGUAUGGGAUGGCCAGUCAGAGAGGGCGAGGCAUGGUCCGACCUAACGUUCUCCCAAAGCAACAGUUGGGUGUGUGCCAGCCUCCUCGGGGUCGCCGGCCUCCAACCAGGAGUGUAGCUGUGCAGAAGGAGGUUUGCACCCUGGGGCCCGAUGGUAGGACCAAGACAGUCAUGCUGGUGGAUGCAGCACAGCAAACCGAUUUCCCAGGUGAGGUGUCAGGGCGCUGUGCUGCGGAGAGAGCCAGUCCCCUGCUGUGGAAGAACCGAACAAAGAGAAGACGGGCAUCCCAUCCAGCUGAAAGCUACAACGAGCAGGGCGCCAGUGAGGCAGAUAUAGACAGUGAUAGUGGUUACUGUAGCCCCAAACACAACCAGGCUGCAGGAGUAACACAACGAACCGCAGAGAAUACACCAGCACCCGCAGGAGUCGAGGCUGGUGUUAUGACAGCAGGUACCUGGGUAAAUGUAGCCUCUCAGGCUACCCCAAAGUCUUGGGGGGACAGGAAUGGCCAGUUUCACAGAGGAGACCAGAGAAAGAAUCCUGAACAGAGAAACUUCUCACAGGAUUUCCACAGUGGCUAUCCAGGGCGUGUGCCUCCCAAUCAGUCUGAACAAAGGCUGCAGCCAGCUGUCACUGGCACUGAGCUCACACCAGAGCCCCUCUACUUUGAGGAUGAAGAGGAGUUCCCAGAUCUUGCUACUGGAGCAGCCGUCCAACGUAACACCAAACCAGAAUCUGCUGCAGCCCAAACACACGCGCAACCUAAACUGCCCAAAAACCUGCUGGAUAACCUGCCAGAAAACUCCCCUAUCAACAUUGUGCAGACACCCAUUCCCAUCACCACCUCUGUUCCCAAGAGGGCCAAGAGCCAGAGGAAGAAGGCUCUGGCUGCUGCGUUGGCCACCGCACAGGAAUACUCUGAGAUCAGCAUGGAACAGAAGAAAUUACAGGAGGCAUUCACUAAAGCAGCAGGGAAGAAGAGUAAAACCUCUGUGGAGCUGGACCUGGGAGACAUGCUGGCAGCUUUGGAGAAACACCAGCAGGCUAUGAAGGCCAGACAACUCACCAAUACCAAGCCACUGUCUUUUACAGUUGGAACAACUACUCCAUUCCACGGUUCAGGCUCGACCAGCGUGCCAUCCAUGUUGAAGGGUCAUCAGCAGCCGUACUCUGCCCCGCAUAAUUCCCUUGACUCCACCGCACCCCGAAUCAAGAGAGGGAAGGAGAGGGAGAUCCCUAAAGUAAAACGGCCAACAGCCCUAAAGAAGAUUAUCUUGAAGGAACGUGAAGGGAAGAAAGGGAAAACGAGUGUAGAGCAAGAGUCUUCAGGCCAGGAGGAGCACGGAGACGAGAGUUUACAUUUUACUGAUGAUCUUGCACGAGAACCGGCCUCCCAAGAAGAUAAUGGUUUGAGUGUGCCCAGUGAUGCAUCCCUUUCUCCAGCCAGUCAGAACUCUCCAUAUAGCAUCACCCCGGUGUCACAGGGCUCUCCUGCCAGCUCUGGCAUCGGGAGUCCCAUGGCCUCAAACGCCAUCACCAAAAUCCACAGCCGACGUUUCAGAGAGUACUGUAAUCAAGUGCUGAGUAAAGAGAUCGAUGAGAGUGUGACGAUGCUGCUGCAGGAACUGGUUCGCUUCCAGGAGCGAGUCUACCAGAAGGAUCCCACAAAGGCCAAAUCCAAACGCCGCCUGGUCAUGGGUCUCAGAGAGGUCACAAAGCACAUGAAGCUGCAUAAGAUUAAGUGUGUCAUUAUUUCUCCCAACUGUGAGAAGAUCCAGGCCAAAGGUGGUUUGGAUGAAGCUCUUUACAAUGUCAUUGCCAUGGCGAGGGAGCAGGAGAUCCCAUUUGUGUUUGCCUUGGGCAGAAAAGCUCUUGGACGCUGCGUCAACAAACUAGUGCCUGUUAGCGUGGUUGGCAUUUUUAACUAUUCUGGAGCUGAGGGUCUCUUCAACCGUUUGGUGUCUCUGACAGAAGAGGCCAGGAAGGCCUACAAGGACAUGGUCUCCGCUCUGGAGCAGGAGCAGGCCGAGGAGGCUCUGAAAAACGACAAGAAGGUCCCACACCACAUGGGGCAUUCCCGCAACCACUCCGCUGCCUCUGCCAUCUCCUUCUGCUCCAUCUUCUCUGAGCCGAUCUCGGAGGUCAAUGAGAAGGAGUACGAGACCAACUGGAGGAGUAUGGUGGAGACUUCAGACGCCCUGGAGCCUGUAGAGGCUGAGCCGAGUCGCCCUGCGCCUUCUACAACCACCCAGAAAGACAGUGACGCCCUGACAGCCGCCACAAACACCACCACGCCCGGCCCCGCCGCCCCCCAGCCCAGGACAGCGCCGCCGACACUGACACAGAGUACCAGUGAGAGAGACGAGGUCCGUGUCGACGACCGGCUGGAGCUGGCCUCUCAGCAGAGCACAGAGACGGGCUCGUUGGAUGGGAGCUGCAGGGGCCCGCUGAACUCCUCCAUCACCUCCACCACUUCCACCCUGGUGCCGGGGAUGUUGGAGGAGGCCGAGGAGGAGGAAGAGGAGGAGGAGGACUACACUCCUGAACCUAUUUCUGUGGAGGUGCCGACUCUGAGCAGCCGCAUCGAAUCCUGGGUGUCAAAGACCCUGGAAAACCUGCAGCUGGGAAAGAGUCAGGAGAGCACGGAAGAGGAGGAAGAGGAGGAGGAGGAAGACGAAGAGGAGAGAGGGCAGAGUGAAGAGGAGGAGGACCUCGAUUCAGCGGACAUCACAGAGACGAGGACGGAGGGCAAUGAGCAAGCCGAGGCAAAGAAGGUCACCGGUUGAUGCCACAUCUCCUCCUCGUCUGCUUCCACAUACACUCGUCCCCUCUGUCACUCUCUCUCAUACGUCGUCACAGCAACCAGCAGCGUUCCUCCUUCGUCUCUAACCCCUGACACCAGACAUAAUCUCAGGUAUCCAACCAACUGACCAACACUCACACACACAUUACAAACUGACCAACUCACACAGCGUCGCAGACCAAACAACCACCAGUCUGAGGGGCUCCACCCGACACCAACACUAACUCGUCUCGUUAUUUAAAAGGACGCCCUCACUUCUUCGGCCCAUAACCUGCUAAACUUGAAUCCAGAGGGAAGUUUUUUGACUUUCCUCCUCCGAAGCUGAACUCUUUAUCGAGUCAGGGACAUUUUGGGAGCAAGUGAUGAGCGCUAAAAAAAAAACAAAAAAAAAACAAAACAAAACUGCUGUCUCACAGAGGAGGAACCUUUCAGCUCCCGUUUUAAUUUACACAGAGCUCCGCAGGUUUACAGCUCUGCAAGUAUUUGUGUGCUUGUGCGUGUGUGAGUGUUUACAGGCACAUUUAUUUUUGCUGUGUUCUUUAGCUUUAUCUUUGUAAAUAAUGUGCGUGUUUUUCACCCGCUCCGUAAGUGAAUGAAAGACGUGCAUUUCUUAAUUACUUCUCGGUUGGUAUUUAGCUUUUCCUCACAGAAUAUUACAGUGUCAGGGGUCCUGUCUUUCUACCAAAACCACUCCCACUCAUCAGUCUUUAGAGAGUGUCUUUUUUAAUGUUUGAAUAAUAAGUGUCCCAUUCUUUAUUCAGAUGAUUCAGAUAACUUCUAAGAAGCAAAACAAGCUUUGUGUAUAUAACCUUGUCUAUGUGGUUCUACUACAGUAUAUAAUGGUUUGUCAUAUUGAUCUUGCCUAGUGUGAAAAUAUUCUGGUUGUUUUUCCUCUGACUGGAAUUGUCUUGAGUUCCCAGAUGCUGUUUGUGCUUCAUAAAAAAAAAAAGUGCUCCUGUUUUGUUCUCGCAGGUGGAGUUUGUUCUCUAAUUGGGGGAGCCUUCAAGAACUGUAACCAAUUUUAGAAGCCCAAAUAUUGAGAUCUUUUGAAUUUCUCCCACCUCAAAAGACAUUUUGCAAGUGUUUUGAUAAAUACGCAGUCAGACACAGGACUCUUGUGAUGCCUUAGACCUGUCUGUGUAGUUUACAGCAGAGCGCUCCGUGGAUGCUUUUCUGAAGGCCGAGGCAGAAGUUAGCGCCGCUCUGGUUCCCUCGUCAAAUGGGAUUUUUCCAUUGAUUUUUGGAUUAUUGGAGGAAAUCAAACGUUUAUGAUACUUAGAUGCUUUGUUCUGCAAGAUAAUCUUCACAAGUGAACAACACUUUUGGAUGUUUGAAGCCUAAACACAAUCGCCACAAGUAAACAGCUAACGUUAGUCUGUAAACAAACUACACUGUGUUCACAUGAUUUAACGCUGCAACCACAACGAGACUAAAGCCGUGUUCAGAGCGGUUUGGAGUGAUGUUCUGCAGUCUCAUUCAGCCAUUUGUUAACAACUGCCUUUUUAAAACACAUAAAAGUUUUAAAAUUCUCGAGUGGGGUAUUCAUUGAUGAGUUUCAUGUUGUAGAACAAAAAGUGAAAGUCUUUUCAGCUUGUGUUAACCACAGACCUUAUUUCAGGCAUCGAACCCCCAAAAAACAUUCAAAAAACCCCACUGACUUCAAGACGAGGGAACUGGAGGUGUCAAGAUGCUAACCCACUUCCAGGUUUUAGGACUCAUCACUGGAGCACUCUAUUAUGAAGAAUCAGGGUACUACAAAGUUACUACAAAGUCAUUGUUUUUACCAGUUUUCACUUUAUCACUUUAAAAAAAAUCUACUUAAAUCAAAUUGAUGAAUAUGACAAGCGAGUGUUUGCUGGUAUUGAUGAUGUUUAACAAAACCCAAGUGGAAAAAAAAGGAAAUAUGGUCGCUUAAAAGUGAAUCAAUCCUUGUAGAGCUCUUCUAGAUUGUGUAGACCCCAGCCUAAAGUUAAUUCACCACAGCUGUGAGGCUCCCUCAUCAGGGCCGAGUCACCACCGGAGGUCAAACAAGUCGUCACAAAGUCAUGCACAUGCUAAUGAUAAACCCUUGUAAAUACAAGUGUACAAAAGAGAUUUUGAUUUUGCAUUGUAUUAAAAAAUACAAUCAUCCUUUUCUUAAAGCCAUUUGAUAGUUUUAACAUGUUAACAGUUGGAAUCCAAUUAGAUCAUGGUAUUUGACAGUGAAUCACAGUGAGAUCUCAGCCAGUCGAUGAUGAUGCGGUGUGUGUAAAAAUGCAGUAUGUCGGGCUGUAUGCAAUGUGAAGCCCCAAGAUGGGAGAUGACGGUGUACUGAAUAUCAUACUUGGGAUUAUAAAAGUAUUUCUAGUUUGAUAAAAAGGUAUGCUGUGUGUAGGCUUUUUUGUUGACUUCCAUCAAAGUGUUUGAAGUAAUUGACAGCAAGUGUGUUUUUUGCACUAUGUAAAUACAGUACUGGUAAAGGUCUUGUAACUAAUGUGAACAAAACAAAAAACAAAAAAAAACAAAAAACGGUUCAAUGAAGUACUUUUUCAGCGUGUUCUUCGUCUUUAUAUGGAUAUUUAAGACCGUCUCCUUCAGACUGUACAUCACUAGCAACAUUGUUAUAGGCUGUUUCUCAUAAUCCUGUUAUUGCUCUUAACCUAUAUGGACUGAUGAUUAACAUCAUUAAAAUGUUGUUUAAGUAAA